AUGUCUGCUGAACAAAGUCAACCAUCUGAAUCUUCCUUUGUCGACAGUGUCGCGUCUAUCAUCCAAGAUCCCCCUGUUUCAUCCGACCGAGUCCCCAGGAGCAGAAACACCAAGAAGCCCCCAACCCCAACCGCUCAAAGUCUUUUUUACGCCCUUAAAGAGGAAAUAAUUCAGACCAACGGUCCUUCUUUCAUUGAGAGAGGGGGAAUACCCCCGGAAAUCGGUUAUCUUGUUGCGAGGAGCCUGUCUGAAGAUGACAAAGUUGAAAGAAAAAGCGUCCGCAUUUCGUACAAUCCAAUCAAUCAGAAGUUAUCGAUCAAGAUGCCCUCUCAUAUUGACGAUGUCAUUGUGAACUGGGGUUCAAAUGAGCUAGUCCGCGCCGGGGUUACAGGUUUUUUUACGAUCCUGGAGCUAGAUGAGGUCUCACUCUCAUCGACAUGCCGUUUUGAUAACUUCCCGAUACCAUGGCAAUCAAUUUAUAAAGAGCCAGACUUGGUUUUUGUCUACGGGCCUAUGAACCAUCCCACAGUGUUGGUCGAGGUGGGCUACUCGCAGUCAUGGCCAAGCUUGCUCCAAGACAAAGAUGUUUGGUUCCAGGCUGCACCUACUGUCAAUGUGAUAGUCCUUGUGAAAUGGGAUAAGCGCACAAAUAGUAGGGUGGCCGGCUAUCUGGAGCUGUUUCGCCGCGGAGCCCCCAACCCCACUCACAUUGAUAUCUUUCCUAUACCAGCACCAUCCGCCCCCCAGACCCUCACUUUCCGCCGUGAUGACUUUUACCCACCAGGGACAAUGCUUCCGGCCGGGAGAUCCACAAGUGAUUUGUGGCAAUGGGAUAUUAAUAACUUGCGGAUGAGGACUAUCAAUGCAAUGAAUGCUGAGGGUACGGUGCCAGCAUAA